AAUAAAACUUGUUGAAAAAUCUGUUUACAAAUCCAUUAACCCAAUUGUUUACACACAAUUAGGUGAAGUGCUCUAUUAUGUUCCCAUUAACUCAGACUCCUAUUUCCACUCGUUCCCACAAAAAAAUGAAGACACUUAUAAAGACAAUGUUUGCGAAUGAUAAAUCGCUUUUAGUGCGUCUAGUGGAACGAAGGAAAAUGGAAAUGGUCAGUGUGGCGGAAUUCGCGUCAAAUAAAAAAGAAACGACAGAAAUCUCCAGCGCGCAAUUUAAAUCGUCUUGUGACUGGAGGGCCACAAUCAAGCGAAAAGUCCCCAUAACGUCGUGGCUACCCAACUACAACACGAAAAGUCUUCUCCAUGACCUCCUCGCCGGAUUGACUGUAGCUUUAACCGAAAUCCCGCAAUCAAUCGCCUAUGCGGGAAUUGCAGGUCUCCCUCUACAAUACGGUCUCUACAGCAGUUUCAUGGGCGGCUUCGUCUACGCCGUUUUUGGUAGUUGCAGGGCCAUCAACAUGGGCUCCACGUCCAUCAUGGCCCUUUUGAUCCAACCCUACGUGGGCGCGCUGGGCGUCAACGCCAGCAUUUUCAUGUCCUUGGUGGGCGGCACGAUAAUUUUUUUCCUAGGACUGGUGAACCUAGGCGGUGUCGUGAUUGAAUUUUUCUCGUACCCCGUGAUGUCAGGGUUUACUUCUGCGGCAGCAAUGACAAUUGCGUCGUCGCAAAUCAAGAAUUUCCUAGGAAUAAGAGGACAAGCGAACGGGUUUUUGCAGUCGUGGAACAGCGUGAUUUCCGAAGUCGACAAAAUUAGUAAAUGGGACACCAUUUUAAGCUCCAUGUCGCUACUAUUUCUAUUUGUUUUGAAAGAAAUCGGGACUGUCAGUGCGAAGAAACAAACCUCACGGAAGAAAGUCGUUUUGUUUAGAAUAGUUUUCUUUGUGUCGGUUGCUAAAAAUGCGAUCGUGGUGACGUUUGGAAUUAUUUUGGCUUACUAUCUCGAGAGCAAAAAUUUGCACUAUUUGCAGCUGACGGGUAGUGUUGAUGGGGGUAUCCCCCAUUUUGAAAUUCCCACGAGUGUGAAUUUCCUCGACUGUGUUAACAGCUACAACGUAUCCAUUUUAUUCAUCCCUUUAGUCGCCAUCUUGGAAACAAUUGCAAUCGCGAAAGUGUUCUCCAAAGGGACACCUCUAGACGGAAGUCAGGAAUUGGUAGCCCUGGGUAUCGCCAAUGUAAUGGGGGCUUUCGUCCAAUCUAUGCCAGUCACGGGUUCCUUUACACGUACAGCUGUCAAUAACGCAUCAGGUGCCAAAAGCAACAUGGCGGCGGUCUUCACGGGGGUCGCCAUCUUGAUAAGCCUGCCAUUUUUGACCUCCACGUUCUACUACAUCCCGAAAGCGACUCUUUCAGCUGUUAUUAUUUGCGCUAUGUUUUACUUGUUUGAUUUUGAAGCGUUGGCCACACUGUGGAGACACAAAAAAAUCGACUUGGUGCCUUUUUUGGCAACUUUGAUGAGCUCCCUUUUUAUUAGUUUGGAAUACGGAAUUCUCAUCGGAAUCGGUACUCACUUGAGCUUCGUACUAUACCGAACCGCUCGACCCCUAAUUAGAUUACAAACAAUUACGCUUAAUUACGAAGAAGUGUUGUUAAUUACACUUCCAAACAUCUAUUUUCCAGGAGCCGACUAUUUACGAAACGUGAUUUUGAAGUGCGAAAAAGCGCCUCUAAUAAUAUUAGACGGAAAAUUUGUCCACUAUUUCGAUGUAACAGUCGUCAAGGCCAUCGCGCUAGUCGUCCAAGACCUCGAACUCAGAAACCAAAAAAUCGUCUUCAUAAACUUCCAACAUUCCAUACAAGAUCUGUGCAUAGGCGUCGACAAAAAACUGAAAACCUGCUUCAGAUCAGGAGGAGUGGAAGAUGUAAUUCAAGAUCGACCUUCGGAGAGACUAAAUGAAAUAUACUCGAUACAAUAGGUUCUAAUUUUAACACUUUUUCGUUGUGAUAACUCCGCUGGGUUCUAGGAAGAUGGACUAAUUCAUUUUCGGAAGACAAAAAUCUGUAUAUUUACUAUCUUGUAAUUAUAAUAAUAAUAAUAAAAAUUCUGUCUGUUGUGAUA